GAGUGUUCCUCGACCGCAAUCAGAGUCGCAACUUAUCGAUCUCUAAAAAUACAUAUAAGCUUCGUUACCGGUUACGGUAUUCAGCUUGAAAUUGCCUUCGAUGCAACUUCAGAGGUCUGCUUUCAGAAAUCUUUCAACUUUCUUAGCGAGACUCGUUAUUUUCUUGAAAAAAACAAACUAUAAGAAAAGUGGAAAAUGCUUUCGAUAAUAACGAAGGGCUCAACGAUCGCGCUGCCUUUGCUUGGUCUACUGUUAAUUGCCGAAUCGGUGUUCGCUCAACCGAUCGGGAUCCUCGAAGAACCAGCUCCCAACUUUCCCAAUCAGUCGGACAACGAGACGAAAUUUCGGAAACCUGAGAUCUCUUUCGUUUCCGGCGGGACAACAGGUGUCACCGAUGACGGACCUCCGUACGAGAAGGUCGGCGACGUAACCGCGGUCAGCCGUUCCAAGAAACCCAUCGAUUCACUGACCAUCACGCAACGUGGUUUCGAGAAACCCGAUCACAUGGAAGAUAAUCCCGACUCGGAUUCUCCGACGAUGGAAGUUUCGGAAUCAACCUCUACGGAACGGUCAAAAACUAAGGGGAAAGAUUCGAACGACACGAGCGUCUCGAUUGGAUCGCUGCCGAUUUCCGUUGGAAUUACCGAUACCUCGGCGAUAAUUUUUUUACCCAUUUCCGGAAAACCUGUUACUUUAGCGAUAGUUUCAGAGUCUGGCGGACCGCCAGCUGGUUCGACAGUCGCUUCCAAAAACCAGAGAAGUUUACCAACAACUUUGGGAUCUGGUUCUUUGGCGACGACUCCUCCGAGCGAUAACGAGGGUACGUCGAGUAGUCGAGUGACAAAUUCGGAAUCCAAUUUUCCGCCGGCAAUUUUAGAGUUCGUCGAAAAAGCGGGAACCGAGAAAUCCGCGGACUUUGACAAGGAUCCCGACGAAUUCGUUGUCAGUAGGGAAGUGAAAACUGAAAGCAGAAAUUCCGCAUCCGGGGUCAAAUCUUCUUGGAUGAUUGCGAUGGUUGGAAUUUUCUUGAUUCGAAGAUAA